CGCACACUUCUCUCUACCACCUCUCUCUCUGCUCCAAAUCUUAGAUCCGGCAAAUAUCUAAGAGAGAGAAAAAUGGCGUUGAUCGUUGAGAAGACGUCGAGUGGCCGUGAAUACAAGGUCAAGGACAUGUCCCAGGCCGAUUUCGGUCGUCUCGAGCUCGAGCUCGCCGAGGUUGAGAUGCCUGGACUCAUGGCUUGCCGUACCGAGUUCGGUCCAGCUCAGCCAUUCAAAGGCGCUAGAAUCACCGGAUCUCUCCACAUGACAAUCCAAACCGCCGUCCUCAUCGAAACCCUAACAGCUCUCGGCGCCGAAGUCAGAUGGUGCUCCUGCAACAUCUUCUCAACUCAGGACCACGCCGCCGCCGCAAUCGCUCGCGAUUCCGCCGCCGUUUUCGCCUGGAAAGGUGAGACGCUCCAGGAGUACUGGUGGUGCACGGAGCGUGCUCUUGACUGGGGUCCAGGUGGUGGUCCAGAUCUGAUUGUUGACGAUGGUGGUGAUGCGACGCUCUUGAUUCAUGAGGGAGUUAAAGCUGAAGAGAUCUUUGAGAAGACUGGUCAGGUUCCUGAUCCUAAUUCCACUGAUAACCCUGAGUUCCAGAUCGUUUUGUCGAUUAUCAAGGAAGGUCUUCAAGUUGAUCCUAAGAAGUACCACAAGAUGAAGGAGAGACUCGUUGGUGUUUCUGAGGAAACUACCACUGGUGUCAAGAGGCUUUACCAGAUGCAGGAAAGUGGAGCUCUACUUUUCCCAGCCAUUAACGUCAACGACUCUGUCACCAAGAGCAAGUUCGACAACUUGUACGGAUGCCGUCACUCUCUACCUGAUGGUCUCAUGAGGGCAACUGAUGUCAUGAUCGCCGGAAAGGUCGCUGUUAUCUGUGGAUACGGUGAUGUCGGAAAGGGUUGUGCCGCCGCCAUGAAAACCGCUGGUGCUCGUGUUAUCGUGACUGAGAUCGAUCCCAUCUGUGCCCUUCAAGCUUUGAUGGAAGGACUUCAAGUUCUGACACUCGAGGACGUGGUCUCAGAAGCUGACAUCUUUGUCACCACCACCGGUAACAAAGACAUCAUCAUGGUCGACCACAUGAGGAAGAUGAAGAACAACGCCAUUGUGUGCAACAUUGGUCACUUUGACAACGAGAUCGACAUGCUUGGACUCGAGACUUACCCUGGUGUGAAGCGUAUCACCAUCAAGCCCCAGACAGACAGGUGGGUGUUCCCUGAGACCAAGACCGGAAUCAUUGUUUUGGCUGAGGGUCGUCUCAUGAACUUGGGUUGUGCCACUGGUCACCCUAGUUUCGUCAUGUCUUGCUCUUUCACCAACCAGGUGAUUGCCCAGCUUGAGCUUUGGAACGAGAAGUCGAGUGGUAAGUACGAGAAGAAGGUUUACGUUUUGCCUAAGCAUUUGGAUGAGAAGGUUGCUGCACUUCACUUGGGCAAGCUUGGAGCUAGGCUUACUAAGUUGUCAAAGGACCAGUCUGAUUACAUCAGCAUUCCCAUUGAAGGACCAUACAAGCCUGCUCACUACAGGUACUGAGAGAGAGAGAUUAGACAAAGCGGGUUUGGUUCUGCUUCUGGUUUGUGUCGGGUUAUGGUGGAAGAGUGGAAGAUAUUGGUCUUCUGGUGAAGUUGAUCAAUUAUCGUUCUUAAUAAGGGUUCUUGGCUUUUGAAGGUUGUGCUUGUUUCUUCUUCUUCUUCAUUUUUCUUGAAAACUUAAAUUAGUUUUUGAUUAUAGUUCUCCUCUUGAUUUUAUUUUUGUGUGUUUUGUUCAACGUUGUACUCUUUAAACAAAUCAUACAGAAAAAUGAAAAAGGGGAAACUGUUUUCCGCAUCUCAAUUUAUUGAUAUCUCUCUCUUUCGACUU